CCCAGGAAGCGGAAGGGAUCAUUUACGGAAGCGGAGCCGCAGGACGGACGUGCCCGCUGCAGAAGGAACAGAAACAGCAGCAGCGAUGGAUCGAGUGAGGUCCACCUUUAACAGCCUGAUUAAAAGCGAGCGCUACAGCAGGUUCACCCUGCAGCCGGCGGAGGACGGAGAAAGACACGUCGAGGUGAAACUGUCCGACGGCGACGCAGAUGACACCACGGAGGUCACCACGGAGGUCGCGGGCCAGGCGGGCGGCUCUCCGAGCUUUAGGCCGGCGCCACCACGUCAGAGCCGGCGUCAUAUUUACUUCCUGGCCCUGGCAACCCUGCUGAUAUUUGUAACUGGUUACCUGAUUGGUUACAUCAGCCACCGUAAAGCAGAGCCCCUGAACACGGAGCCGGAGACCGCAGGGGGUCCAGUACCACCGACACCGCCCCCUUUUGUACCAGCUCCUGAUUUGCCGCUGCAGUGGACGGACAUCAACCGACUUCUGACGCAGAAACUCACCAGCCAGGCCUUUGACAAGACUCUGAGGGACUUUGAUUUGCCCAGUCGUUCGGCAGGAAGUGUGGAGGAUGCAAAUCUGGCAAUCCGCAUCUUUGAUGAAUUCAAGCAGCUGAAAAUGGACCCGUGGACGGACACCCACUACGUCCAGCUGCAGACGCCAGACAGCACACGUCCAAACCGUGUCCUUUUUGGGUCGGAUGUCUUUGAACCUGCGGGGUAUCUGGCCUACAGCAAGACUGGGAAAGUUCAGGGUAAACUGGUUUAUGGAAACUACGGUCGUCAGGAAGACCUGGAUGUUCUGCAGAAGAAGAGCAUUGAGCUGAAAGACAGCGUUCUGCUGCUCCGCAGAGGAAAGAUCACGUUUGCAGAGCAGGUGGAUAAUGCUGCAAGAAAAGGAGCCUCUGCUGUUCUAAUCUACCCCGACACUCAAGGUUACAAUUAUCAAGGGGACACGGAUCUAUAUGGACACGUCCAUCUGGGUUCAGGCGACCCGUACACGCCGGGAUUCCCCUCCUUCAACCACACCCAGUUCUCCCCGACUCAGUCGUCUGGCCUCCCCAAGAUCCCAGCCCAGACCAUCACCGCCAAAAUGUCCACUACGCUUCUACAGAAUAUCGGUGGCCCUGAGUCGGAUGCGAGCAGCGGUUUUAAAGGCGGCUUCGACUCUGUGUCUUACAGACUGGGAGGUGUCGAGAACGUCACUGUAGAAGUGAACAACGUGCUGGUCAACACGAAGAUCCGCAACGUGUUCGGAGUCAUCAAAGGAUUCAUCGAUCCUGAUCGCUACGUGGUCCUGGGAGCUCAGAGAGACGCCUGGGGUAAAGGCUACGCCAGAGCCGCUGUCGGCACGUCUGUACUGAUGGAGCUGGCCAAGGCUGUGAAAGAUAUGGUGGAAAACGAAAGAUUCAGGCCGAGGAGAAGCAUCGUGUUUGCAAGUUGGAGCGCUGGAGAGUAUGGAAAUGUUGGUGCCACCGAGUGGUUGGAGGGUUAUAUGUCCUCUAUUGACAAAAGUGUUUUCACCUACAUUAGCCUGGAUGGAAUAGUUAUGGGUCGCGGCAGCUUCACGGCCUCAGCUAGUCCGCUGCUCCACACCCUCAUUGAGAACACGAUGAAAAGGGUGAAGAGUCCAAUCAGCUCUGGAACCGUGUACGACAUGAUGGGACAAAGCAACUGGGAGAAAAAUACACUAAAGCCGCUGUCAGUGGACGACCCCGCCUAUACCUUCGUGGCUUUCUCUGGAAUUCCUGCCGUGUCUUUCCACUUCAUCUCUCCCAAUACUGAGUCCUACUCUUACUACGGCACCAACCUGGACAACAUGGAUCACCUCAACUACCAAACCAACCACCACACCAGUGAGAUGACGGCGGCGGCGGCCCAGUUCGCCGGCCUCAUGGCCUUGCGACUGGUCCAUGACCACCUGCUCAGUCUGGACGUGACCCGAUACACCAACGUGGUCAAUACGGCUUCGAUUCGGGUCUACAAACGCAUCAACCAGCUCGUACAGUCCGGUCAGCUGAAGGGCGUGAGCCCCGCCUGGCUGAGCGGCGCACGAGGCUCCUUUAACAGGGCCACAGAGAGCAUCGGCAGGACCAUUGUCAACAGUGACCUAGAAAACCAGAAGAGCUGUCGGACCAUCAACGACAGGAUCAUGAGGGUUGAGCGAAACCUCCUCUCUCCGUACGUGUCGCCUACUGAGACUCCCUUCCGUCACCUCCUGCUGGGCCGCGGCCCCCACACGCUGGCGUCCAUCAGUGAGACCACGGACAUGGAGCAGCUCCGCAUCCAGCUGGCCCUCGCCACCUGGAACCUGCAGGGGUGUGCUCACGCCAUGGUGAAUGACAUCUGGAGCAUCCAUGACGAGAUCUGAAGAGGAGGGUGCGGAGAUGCAAGUGUGGGUGCGUGUGUGUGUGUGAUUGAAAUUAACUUUCAGGUAGAGCGGAGGAAGGAGCUCCAGUAUCAGCACAUCGAGCACAGGCUGUCAAUCAGAGGUCCUGCUCUUUAAAUACAUGCUUAUAUUUAACGAGGGAACAGAUUAUCUGUCCCAUGAAGAUCCAGGAGGAGACAGAAGUUUUUAAAAGUAUUUAAAAAAAACAGUGGUGAACCAAAUACCUUUUAGAAAUCAAAAGCUUCUGAUAAGCCUCCCCCCCUCCCAAUCACAUCGCACUUGUACGAGCAUUUUGCUGUGACCUGAAAACACUGAGAAACCUUAUUUAUACUUAAGUUUUAUUUAUCAGUGGCAGUGCCCACUAUAAAGUUAUCGUUUGUCUUUUUAUACGACGUUAUCGGAAGCAGUGCCUUCCAUAAUUAUGACGGUUAUACUGUCGGAUUCUACGGCAGCAUCUGCUACACCAACGACUCCUCAGCUGUUGCUGACAAAGUGGAGCCCCGGGUAAAGUUUGGCUUUUCUUUUUUGGCCUUUGUUUCUUUUGUCCAAGAGAGUAUGCACCAUUAAUAUAGUAGUUUUAUAAAAUUACAUCUAUGGCACUUUGCUCUGUCAUCAAAAGAACUUUACAAAGAGAGAAAUUAAGGCCAGAAAAGAAACUAUCUCGAUAUAAGGACAUAUUUAUUUAUAUGCCACAAGCCCGUAGACGAUAUACGCUUUUCUCUUGAGUCUCGUUUAACUGAACUUUUUGCGAGAGAGCCAUUUAUGUUGCACAGUCGACUUUAGAGCACUUAAUGAUAUCGUGACGUUAUCGGGAGCAGUGCCUUCCAUAAUUUAUUCCCAUUAUCGGAAGCAGGGUCUUCCAUAAUGACAAGCAGUGAUGGUAGUUUUUGUCUACCAGUGUGUGUGUGUGUGUGUGUGUGUUUAACAGUACAUGUGUAUUUAUCGGGAGCAGCGUCUCUCAUAUUUCACUUCAAGGGUGGAACAACUUGUCGGGGACAGUGUUUCCCAGAGUUUAAUUUUUUACAUAUUUAUUUGUUUUUAUUUGGGGAUUUUGUGUGUGUGUGUGUGUGUACGUGCGAAGACGCAGUCCCCCUGACCUCCAGAGUGCACAUGCUUCUGAUUUCUUUAUUUGCUUGUGCUUUCAUUUCUGAUACAUACUAUGAUCUUAACACAACAGAACCUGAUGUGCCCCAUUCUGACAGGAUUCAAAUUACAGAGGGAGCUGGAAUUAUUUACUGCUCUGUAAAGUAACUGAUUGAAAUGACACAUAUAUAUGCUAGUCAGGACAAAGCCACAAGCCUCCACAUGGGGGUGCUGAAGAGCUGAGACAGGAGGAAAAGAUACUUGGGUAUGAAUUUAAGUGAAACAUUUAACUUCUCUUAGCCAUAACUCAAUCCAGUCUUCACACACUGACAUGAAACACAUAUGAACGUCAGUCAAUGUGACCUACACCUCAGGAGGUUAUCUUUUCUCCAAUAUCCAUUGUGAAUAAAUGUCAAAAAAUCCACUUGGAAAUCUUUGAAGACUGAGAACUUGCCUCAAAAUAAUCCAGUGAGUAGACAUGUGCAUAUUUAUCAGUACAUUUCCAACAGGAACUGCUAAAUGUUAAUUUGGCUUACUUCAAAUGGCACCAGACAUGAAAUAAAACAAAUAAAAGCUCAAGUUAAGGCCCAGAAGAGAAGAAUACCAGUGUCUUGCUCCGCUGAUAGAAGGAGGAAGCAUCACACCACCUCCCUGUUAAAUAAAUGAAUGCACCAUGAAUGGGGCUUCAGACUUUUGUUAAGUUUUGCAAUCAAGCAGCUCAGUACACACACAGUAGAAUAUUAUAGCGUAUAAUAUAAUAUAUCAUGGUACUAUAGCACAGUAUAGUCUGCAACAUACCUGCUCUGUCAGUCUAGUUCUCUCGCUUUGUGUUUGUGACUUUAAAAUCACCACAGAUAAACCAUAACUUUCUCUGCAUGUGUUUUUAAAUCCAUGCUUCCACUUAACCUGCAUGUUACUGUGUUUCUUUACUGAGGUGAAGCUCAACAGACCUGAACCAAAUUACCAACCUGACAAAACCUUCCUUCAAAUUACGGUUCGACCAACUCGUUCUGUUUCUACUGAUACACACAGAGCGUGGCUGUUGUUACUCUAUUUAACACUUUAUCCCUAUAAAGGUUGGACACUCAGUGUUUUCCCUAGAAUGAAAAGAAAUACAACAUAUUCUAUAACUGAUAUUAAAAAAAGUUAAAUGUUACGUUUUAGCUUCAAAAUGAAAACCUGCGAAAGUGGAUGGAGCUUUUAGAAGAAAAGAAGUGUAUAACCCCCUAAUAUGAACUACAUUUAAAAUCUGCUUUAUUUAGUUACACUUACCUAACAACAUCCCGUGCUUCAUUAUUCAGAUUAUUUGAGCAGACUCAGUCAGACGCUGUUUCCUCACGUCAGUUCUGUUCAGCUUGUCACUGUUUUCCUUUGUGACUUUGGUUACAAGAAUCAGAAAGAGUUCAGAAACUGGAUUUCACUGGGUCGCUAAAAGUUGAACUGUAUCUGAACGUGUUCAGUUCCUGCACUUGAAUUAUUUUUGCAAUGAUGUUUCUGUGAUUCCCACGUUCUGCAGAGAAUAGAAAUAAAUCCUCUUGCUUAGCA